AUGUAUGGGACACAUCCAACCUGUGCUGGGUGUGUGAUUCAUAAUCGCUACAGAGAGAAAUCGAUCGAAAUGGGAUUGAUUGGCCAUUGCCGGGGGGAGGGAAGAUGUGCCAUAGACACGAGACGCGGGCAAACGGCAACACAAAGCAAGAGAGCAAAACUGUAUCCAAAAGAAGGCAGUCAGCGAAUCGAACUGAAAGCAGCAUCAUUGCGUGUUGUCAAGCGAGAGCGUCGAGCAUGCGGACUGCCAGGCUUACAAGGGCCUAGGCCGAGGGAACCGCAGACAGACACCGGCGGCCGAGGCGGUCCGAAAAAAGGGAGAAGAUAUGUUAAGCAAUGA